UUGCCAGUCCGGGUUUCCUGCUCACCUCUCUUUUUGUCUGCUUUGUUUCUUAUAGGUCUCCUGGUCUGGACGUGUGCGUUCAGUUCUCAUUUCUCUUCUUCUCUGAUUUGACUUCCCUUGCAUUACGGUAUCGUGAUGUGGUUGUGAAAUGACUUUUGGAGAGCAGACCCCCAGAGUGCGAAACGAUUAGCAGGCUUGCUCUGACCCCAACAUACUGCUUGUACCUUCAUUUUACACCUUUUGUGACUCGUGUAUUUCGAGUUUGUCUAUCAGCCUUUGGCUCUGAAAAGUCCUUGAGGCUUGUGUUAAUGCAGAGAUCAUGAACUCUGGGAACGAUAAUUGGCAUCCUGCCGGCGGACCGCCUUCACACUCUAGCAUGGAUCACCAGAUGAAUCAACAGCACCGGCCCUUAGGGUCAUUUGGCCAAAACCCCCCGCCCCAGCAAGGCCCAUCCUCCCAGCCCGCCGGGCCCGUUUUGCCGCCUCCUGCUGGUCCCUACCACCCCGGUCAGCCUACUGGGCACUCCCUCCCCGGACUGGCGGAGUUGAGCCAGAGCCAUUCCGGCCCACACCCGCCCCCGGCCUUCGGCCAACACCCUCCUGCUCCUUCGCAUAAUGCCGGCCACUCGUUGCCGGGCAUCGGACAGGCGAUGCAGCACCCCUCGCCGCAAUCCAUCAAUCAGGAACGCGAACGCGACUCGAGAGAACGGGAAUUGAUCGAGCGCCAGCGCCAGGAGGAGAUGCACCGAGAGCGUGAACAACGUGAGCGCGAACGCGAACAGAUUGAACGCCAGCGCGAGCAACAACAACAACAUCAUCCCGUUCAGAGUCAUACUGGAUCGAUUCCAUUGCACCAACCUGUGGCUAAUAAACCGCCGACGUCGAUCCAUAAUGGGCUGCUGUCGAACUUGAACCCUUCCAAUGGUCCGCAGGGUCCUAUGCAAUCUGCUGGUGGUCCUGGUGGGUUAUUUGGCUCGCAGGUUCGGCAUGGUGAAGGGACACCUGGUUCUUUCAUGCAGCAUCCCGCUGCUCCGCCGGGCCAGCCUAUGUUGGGAUUUGGUGGUUCUGGUCCUCAGAUCCCCGGGAACGUUGCGGCUCUGACUCAGGGCCAGCAGCCGAUUUUGAAUGACGCCCUCAGUUAUCUGGACCAGGUCAAGGUUCGGUUCGUUGACCAGGCCGAUGUCUACAACCGGUUCCUGGAUAUAAUGAAAGAUUUCAAGAGCCAAGCUAUCGAUACGCCUGGUGUGAUUCAACGCGUUUCGACCUUGUUCAACGGUCACCCGGCUCUUAUCCAGGGAUUCAACACCUUCUUGCCUCCGGGGUAUCGGAUUGAAUGCGGAACAGAGGACAACCCUGACGCCAUUAGGGUAACUACGCCGUCGGGUACGAACACACUAAGCAUGACUCGCCCGCGCGCGUCCAUGGAUGCCGCGGCGGAUAUGGGACCGUCUGGUAGCAUGGGCCCCCAUGCUCGCGCUGAAUUCUACGACCAAUCACGAGCUAGCUGGCAACAGCCACAGCACCAGCCCCAGCAAGGCAGCUACUCGCCUGGAUCCCGCAUGAUGGCACAGGGCAUAUUUGGACAACAGCACGGCCAGGGCCAGCCCCACGAAAGUUCUUACGAGUACCCGACCCAGCAAGAACAACAAGCAGCAGCUGGCGCUGCGGCUAUGGCUCACCAGCAGGAUCAGCGUGGUGUGUCGCAACUUCAAGGUGCUGCAUCUGCCGCUUCGGCUGGCUUGGGGCGUCAAUCUAUGAUGCAGGUAUCGCCAGCAGGCCAGGCCUUGAACCAACCGAUGAAUAGCCUGGCUGGCGUGGGGUCUGGUAUGCUGCAGGGCUCUCAGACUGACCUGAACAAGCGUGGACCUGUUGAGUUUAACCAUGCGAUUAGCUAUGUUAACAAGAUAAAGAACCGUUUCUCCAAUGCACCUGAGAUCUACAAGCAGUUCCUCGAGAUACUACAGACAUACCAACGCGAGUCGAAGCCCAUUCAAGACGUCUACGCUCAGGUGACCCAGCUCUUCAACACUGCACCCGAUCUGCUGGAGGAUUUCAAACAAUUCUUGCCAGAGUCUGCAGCACACGCCAAGCAGCAGGCGGCUGCACGCCAGGCCGAGGAGGCGGUGCAAACGAGCAAUGUUCGCGGCGAGCCUGGCUACCCCGGCGCUGGCGGUCUCCCCUCUCAGACUCCGAACCGGGACGUCAAGAUGCCCCCUCUUGGCCAGUUCAACGUCAAGGAUUCCGCCAAAGAUGGCAAGAAACGACGUGGUCCUGGUGCUCCUUCUACAUUGGGAUCCCUUCCGGGGCCGUCUGCGCCUGAAGCUGCCCGCAUGGGUGAUCCGCAGGGUCGACCGCAAGCUCUCCAGGUUGGCAACGCGAACAAGAGAGCCAAGGUUCAUCAUCCUAAGCCCUCGCAAGCUGAUGCUCCUUCCGUUUCGCCUACCCUCAUCCCCGCGCUUCCAGAACCCAUCCCGCCUUCUAACUCUCUGACGCCUACACAAGAGGAAUUUGCUUUCUUUGAUCGCGUCAAGAAGUACAUUGGAAACAAGUCGACGUUUAGCGAAUUCCUCAAGCUCUGCAACCUUUACUCCACGGAUCUUAUCGACAGACAGGUUCUUGUCAAGAGAGCAGCUGGCUACAUUGGUUCUCACCCGGAGUUGUUUGCGUGGUUCAAGCGCUUUAUGCACGUUGAAGAGCCCGAGGAUAAGAUCAUUGAGAUAAAGCCCAAACAAUCGCCUGGAAUCGUCAACCUUUCGCACUGCCGUUCUCUCGGUCCUAGCUAUCGUCUGCUGCCCAAGCGCGAGCGGCAAAAGCCGUGCAGUGGUCGCGACCAGCUCUGCUACAGCGUCCUCAACGAUGAAUGGGCAUCCCACCCUACAUGGGCGUCCGAAGAUUCUGGUUUCGUGGCCCAUCGCAAGAACCAGUUCGAAGAUGCGCUGCACCGGAUUGAAGAGGACCGACACGAUUACGACCACCACAUCGAGGCAUGCACUCGCACGAUCCAACUCAUUGAGCCUAUCGUUCAGCAGUUCCUGGUGAUGUCUGAAGCAGAAAGAGCGGCUUUCAAGCUUCCGCGAGGCCUGGGUGGCCAGAGUGAGGCUAUCUACCAGCGCGUGAUCAAGAAGGUGUACGAUCGGCAACGUGGAGACAGGAUUAUUCGUGAGAUGUUUGACCGACCGUGUCAUGUGCUCCCGAUUGUUCUGUUCCGGAUGAAGCAGAAGUGCGAAGAGUGGAAAGCUAGUCAGCGCGAAUGGGACAAGGUCUGGCGGGAACAGACGCAGAAAGCCUACUGGCGCAGUUUGGAUCACCAGGCUAUUGCUAGCAAGGCGGUCGACAAGAAGCUUUUCGUCGCGAAGCACAUCCAAAGUGAAAUCCAGGGCAAGUUCGAAGAAAGCCGGAAUUUACGAAAAAGUGGAUACCAUGUCCCUUCUUAUCAAUUCGAGUACACGUUCGACGACCCGGCUGUGCUCAUCGAUGCUACCUACUUGUUGAUCGUUUUUAUCGAUCGGAACUCUGCGGGCUUCGGAGCUGAUCCUCAGAAGGUGAUCGCGUUCAUCAAGGAUUUCAUUCCUAUCUUCUUCGGUAUGGACCGCGAGAGCUUCCAUGCUUACAUGAACGAAGCAUCGAGUGGGAGCUCUACGGCUGAAGAAGGCGAUGAUGAGAGCCUCGCAGCUGAGGAGACCUCUUCGAGCCGUAGUCGCAAGACGGCGACCAGCAAGAAGAUGGAUCUACUUCGCGAUGUCUUGGAGCGCCGCGAGAAGGGAAACCGAAGCGAGAAAGGCGGCAACAGUGCUCCUGGAAGCCGCGCCGGUAGCCGCGCCGGUAGCCGCGCUGGCACGCCGGAUGCUGUAUUGGUUCCUUCUGUGGCUCCUCCGGACCCGACUCAACCUGUCGACGUGACGGAACUCAAGUGGAUGGAGCACCCUGGCCAGGGCAACUUCAACCUGCAGCGGGAGUACACGCUCAACGAGAACUACAAGAAGAAGGCCUACCACCUGUACGCGAACGGAAAUAUCUACUGUUUCUUCCGGACGUUCGAAAUUCUCUAUUCGCGACUGCUGCGUAUCAAAUUGCAAGAAAAGGAUGCGCAUGAAGGUGUGCGUCGCGCUGCAAUGGGCAAACCGGCGACUGAACUAGGUCUUCUCGACAAGGUGCCUGGCGAUUUCUUCUACGACACAGAUCCCAAGUCCAACCUCUACCAGCAGAUUGUGCGGAUGUGCGAAGAGGUCAUCAAGGGUGAUCUGGAGAACAACCAUCUCGAGGAGACGCUUCGUCGGUUCUAUCUGCGCGGCGGGUACCAGCUGUACAACUUGGAGAAGAUGUUUGCUGGUAUUGCCAAGUUUGCUGGUGCGAUUUUCAGUGGUGAUUCGAAGGAUCGCAGCUCGGAUAUUAUCAAUGUCUUCUUCAAGGAGCGGGAUCGUGAGGAGACUACGCAUAAUCAAGAGAUUCAGUACCGGAAGCAGGUGGAGAGGUUGAUUAAAGAUGGGGAUGUUUAUCGGAUUACCCACCAUCCCACGUCUAAGAAGACUACGGUUCAACUCUUGACGCCAGAGGACGCGACAUUACAGAAUGAAGAGCUAAGCCAGGAAGCGCGCUGGUCUUACUACGUGUCUGCAUAUACCAUGCGCGACCCGACAGAAGGCGUCCCGUUCUCCCAGAUGCGCAUGCCUUUCUUAAAACGGAACCUACCAACCAGACUUGACCAAGAAGACGAGUACAACCGCUACUACCGGCCCCUCGAGCAUUCAGAUGGUCUGAUCAUCCGGAUCUGCGCGAACAGCUAUCAUCUCCUGUACGAGCCCGGCAGUUGCGAAUGGAGCUGGCGUCCUACAGGCCCGACAGAAGAAGCUGCCGAAGAGGCAGCCAGAGAAGACGCGGCUGUCAAGGAGCGCCGCAAGGACCGCUUUGUAGAAAAGUUUAUUAAUAACCCGGUCUGGGCGCAUGGACUCAGCAAGGACGAAGUGGAUGAGUCUAAUCAGCGCUUCCGGUCGUGGAUCAGGGGUUCCGAGCCUGAACCGAGCGGUCCUGAGGCUGAGGCUGGGGAAGGAACUGGGGAAGGAGAUGGAGAUGGUGCCAACGCUGACAGUGAUCUUGGCGCUGGUAUUGACGCUGACGCCGACGCUGACACGAAUGCGGAGGCGGGUGCGGGUGCCGCGACAGAGGCUACGGAAGCUACAGCUAAAGAGGCUCCUCCGGAAGGCGGCAAUAUAGACCAGGAGAAACCGGCCGAACCGGAAGAUACAGAAAUGGCAGACGCAGCGGAACCAGCACCAUCCGAGUCGAAAGAGGCAUAA